AUGUAUGAAGAGAAAGCAUUUGAGAUGAGUUUAGCUCUGUCUCAGAGGAGGUGCCUGGAGUGCAAUCCAGGGAUGGGGACCAAUAUUUUUUACAACCUUCUGUACACCCCACCCACAAAGAUCAUGAUGUUGACUGGUUGCAGCAGUGUGUCAACACCGGUGGCUGAGGCAGCUAGGAUGUGGAACCUAGUGGUGCUUGCCUUUGGAGCCAGCUCCCCCGCCUUGUCCAACAGGAAGAGGUUCCGCACUUUCUUUCGGACACACCCCUCUGCAACCCUCCACAACCCCACCCGCAUCAAGCUGGCCAGGACGUGGGGCUGGAAACGUAUCUCUGUCAUCCAAGAGACUCAAGAAGUCUUCACAUCAACCAUUGAAGACUUGGAGCAGCGUGUCAAGGCAGAAGGCAUGGAGAUCGUCAGUCGGCAAAGCUUCCUCACCGUGCCUGACAACGCGGUCCAGAACUUGAAGCGGCAGGAUGCACGCAUCAUCGUUGGAGUGUUCUACGUUGGCAUGGCCAGGAGAGUCUUUUGUGAAUCAGAUGCUAGCUGUGAAACGGGAAGUUCGACAGCUGACGUCGAUAUGCAGGUCAAGGCAAGCUUCCAUGAUCUUGAGGAAAGUUACCACGAGGACUGA